AAUCUCUGUGCGAGCGAAUCACUCUCUGGGAGGAAGUGGUUUUAAGCAGAAAAGAAGAGGGGACCAAUUGGGGUCUAAGAUGAAUUUGCUGAAAAUGAUUUAAACUUCUAUGAGUAGAGUGAGACUGAUGACAAGAAGCUGGAUUGGUUGGUGGCCAUAGGCCCAUAGCACGAAGGACGAAAAACAAAGAGGGUGAUCGCUUCUUCCUUAUUUCACUCACCUAACCGUCCAAAGUUUUCUGCUUCCUUUCCAGAUUUCUCUUUUUUCUUUUUCUGGAUUCUGUUUGGAUAAAGAAGGUUUUGCCUUGAUUUUUCGGGCGGAAUUUCGGAACCCAGUUGAUAUUUUCAAUAUCAAUGGAUUUUGGAGAUGAAGUUCAGAAGGUAUAUUGUUGGAUAUCUCAUAUUGGGAGUCUUGGACUUAAGGUACUCUGGCAUUUUCUUCAUUUUAUUGUCAGCGUGUGGUUCCUGGCACGGCAAGCAGCUUAUGUGCUAGAAAGCUGUUUUAUCUCUAGUGGAUUACUGAAGAGGUACGAAGCCCUUAAUUUAGGCAACCUUCGCUACCUGGCCAUUGUGAUAGAAAGUGAAGAAGCUCAUCAGAUCCCCAAAGUUAUUGAGCUUUUGAAUUGGCUGGCAACAAUUGGUGUGAAGCAUGUCUGCCUUUAUGAUAAUGAAGGAGUGCUGAAGAAAUCAAAGGAAGCUAUAUUGGAGAAACUGACUGAUGCUACAUUGUUUGAGGGAGUCGAUGAAAAUAAUUUACUACUUGACCAAGAACAUAUAACCUUGGAAUUUGCUUCAAUUUCUGAUGGAAAGGGAGCAGUGACCAAAGCUGCUAAUAUACUUUUCAUGAAGUAUUUGAAAUCAGCCGAUUCUGGUGGCAGUUCAGCGGAGUCAAUCUUUACGGAACCUCAUAUGGCAGAGGCACUAAAAGCUGUUGGUUGCAGAGGGCCAGACCCUGAUCUCCUAUUAAUUUAUGGACCGGCAAGAUGCCACCUAGGGUUUCCUGCAUGGAGAAUAAGAUACACUGAGAUUAUACAUAUGGGGCCAUUGAAGUCCAUGAAAUAUGGCUCUUUAUUAAAAGCUAUCUACAAGUUCUCAAUGGUGCACCAAAACUAUGGUACAUAACUUAGUAUAAUUGGAGGACAUCAUCUAUGUUAGAGUUUGGGGUAGUGCUUGGAUGACAGGGAAAUGCUCAAGUUCCCAACAAUGGCUGCAGACUAUAUAAAUUUUGAGGACAAUGCUGGAGUAUUCAGCAUCUGCCCAUGAAGUUUUAUAAUAUUAUUUGUAUUGCAUCAAUGUAGACAAGUCCAUUAAGCUUCCAAUCUGAAUGUUGGGAAGUAUCAAAUGCUGAAAUCCCCAAUAUUUGCCUGGAUAAACCUUUGUGCAAAUUGCUGAAUUUAAAUCCAUCUUUGGACAUCAAAGAUAUUUCUGUUUAUUAUUUCAA